CAGAGGUAGCGCGGACACUCAGUGAACACGAGUGUCAUGGAAAGUCUAAGAGGGGCACUUGUUCCAGGGCUGCCUGGACAAUGAAGAAUCGGCUGCCACCCCCUGUCUCGCCCCCCAGCCCAUGCCAGGGGCGGCUGCCGGCACAUGAAUAGCAGGACUGUUCCAGCAGCUGCGCCCUGGCUCCAGAGGCUCCAGGAGCACAGAGCGCUCCGCUCCGGCUGCUCCGGGGACAGAGACCUGGGGACGCAAGGAUGGCCUCAGAGAGGGACAGCACCAACCCUCAUUUCCCUACAGGCCGUGGCACAAUUGCUGACCAGACUACAAGAGGCAGCUUGCAUUAGAGAAAUUAGAUACCAGCUCUCUGGCAUGAACCCUCACCUCCGGAUCAACGGGCCGAUGAACAUCAACCACUACGCGACCAAGAAGAGCGUGGCAGAGAGCAUGCUGGACGUGGCGCUGUUCAUGGCCAACGUCACCCAGCUCAAAGCUGUGCUGGAGCAGGGGACGUCCUUCCAGUACUACGCCACCCUCAUCGUGCUCAUCAGCAUCUCCCUCUUCUUCCAGGUGAUGAUUGGGAUUCUCCUUAUCAUCACUGCUCGUCUGAACCUGAAUGAUAUUGCAAAGCAACCCCGCCUGAAUAUACUCAACAACGCUGCCACAGCUCUCAUCUUCAUCACAGUCAUCCUCAACAUCUUCAUCACAGCCUUCGGGGUGCAGAAGACAGGCCUCUACCCUGGCAGGAAUUUUGGACCUUAUUAACUCAUGGGGCAAUGGACUCAGGAUGUGAGCAGUGCAGCUCUCCUCCAUGUUUCCACUGACCUCAGCAGGAGCCCAUGGACGAAUUCAGAAAACUGGGUUAAACUUCAAAACUCUGUAUCAUAGUAUACUGGCCCCUUGCUGUAAUGCUUUUGCAGUUCAGAGAGGUAGGAAUAUUGUCUUUCCAACCUAGAACAAACUUUGCAAGAGAAAAGUGCAGGAACAGCAGCAGGUAUACAUUUUGAAAGUGCAGUUCUGUAAAUCUUUUCUUAUUUUAGCUGCCUGCUUCACGUAUAUUAGCUCAUUUGGUAGAGAAGACUGAAUGAAUUAGUUUGUAGGCUAAAUAAAUAAGUCCAGCUUUUUUUUUGUCUCAAACAUAAGUUGAUGUCCUUAAAGCAAUUCUAUGUAAUAGUUUACCUCCCACAUGUUGGAAUGGAUUUCUCAAACUAAGUUUUCCUAGGAGGAUAGAAUGGUGUGUGUACAUGAAGAUAGCCAGAACCAGUUCAAAUGUUUUCCUAGUUGUUUAAAAUUAAAUGUAACAUAGUUAAGAAAACAAUCAGAUAUUUCCAGCCCUGGAAUAUUAACAAGGACAGAAAAUAGUUAUUGUGGUCUGAUGUCAUCAUCAGUGACCAAUCAGGAAUGAUGUCAGCAUAGCCUGACAAUACUUAAUAGAAAAUGAAGAAACAUUAUACAUAAGGACACAGCCUAGCCUAGCCUAUUGCACAACCGCUGCAAUGAAGAAUUACAGUUGAAUAGCUUAUUAUUUUAAAAAUCACUAUUAUGAUUUAUUCUUAUCACUAAUAUAAAUGUUUCUAAAUGUAAUUGGUUUAUAAUGACAACUCUGGUAAUUCUCUUGUAUUAGAACCAUUUGUUUCUGUAAGAAAAAAAUCCUUUGAAUUAAUGAGUUUCAAGAUUUUUAUGAAAGAGUAAAAAUUUUCAAUCCUAAAUUUUUUAACUCUAUAGUCAUGGUGAAAAAUGGUAUUUUAAUAGCCUUAUGUAAGCCUAUUUGAAUAAUUACAUGUUCUUUUGAUUAUUAAAUGAUUUUUCCAUUGUACUGCAGAAUCAGAGUUUAAUAUGGACUUCUCAUUUUGUAUAUCCUUGCCACCCCUGAGACAGAAAUGCCAUGACAGCAUCCUCACAUCAGUCUUCAGGAGCUACUGGCAGUGUCUGACUCUUAGAUACAGAUUUCAUUUGUAUUUGUCUUUCCAUCCAUAUUUGUCUUUACAAAACCAAAUUUGUGUCAGUCACACGUGGUGCUUUUUUUGAGAGGGUGUGAAUGAUCUUGCCCACCAACUGGUGGCUAAGGCCACCAGCCAGCAGCAGCUCAGCACCUGCAACCGACAGUGACUUUUUUGAGCUGAAGGAAAGUUGCAUAAUAAGGGUAGGGUGGAAAAUACUAGUUAUGUGUUUUCCAGAACCUGAAGUGGUAAAGCUGAGCACAGUCUGAGAUCUGUUAGGUAAAGCAGGCAGAGACUUGUCCUCCACUUUUUCUCAGGGAUGACAGGUCUGGGUGACUCUGAGUUUGCUGCUCAACUUGGUCCUCAGUCUUUGCUCUGACUGGCAGCAGGGAGGGGUGGAUGUUUCUGGGAAGCCUGUUAUCCUGCCUCCUUUAGAAAAAUGUUUCAUUCUAGAGGUAGAGGAGGAAUGAGUUGUAGGCACAGCAAAACCACAAGCCAAGGGCUGUCAGCCACUACUGGCUGGCUGGGUUUGUGGAAAGGUAAAAAAUUACACAUCCUGCAUGCAGACCCCAAACCCCAGCACUCAUUGCUUCAUGGAGCAGGAGGCAAAGCAAUUAGCACUGAUGACUGAGUGUAAAGAGAGGGGAAAAUAUAAAAGGUUCAGAUGGGAAAGAAACAGUGAGGGCAAUUUCAUUACCAGAUUUUAACUUUAUCAUUGUUUCAGAGAGCUACUGGAUUGGGUAUGGCAGCACAUGAGGCCUGCAUGAGCAGAGGGGGCUCCCUGCCACUCAUCCCAGGCAAGCAAAGGCUGGCAGCACACUGGAAUACUUUCCCUCUAUCUCCUUUAAUAUUAAUAAUUUCUUGCUAUAGUGAAAUCAUACUCAUCAGCAAACUUGGCUGCCUUUUACCUUCUUUGUGUGUGACUCCCAUUGCUUCCAAGCUUUUGAUACUCUAAGAAGGCACAGUUGAAAUGAAGAUGGGCCAAAAUUGAAUUCAAAUAAGCAGCUGCUGUGAAAGAGCUGACCUCCCAUUUGCAAAGGUCUAGGCUCCCACCUGUGGUCUUCUCCAGGAACUGUCCUCUGCUUGCCAGGAAAGCCAUUGUGUUUUCCACAUUCUCUCAUCACAUCAGACUCAUGCUUUGCUGGAAUGUGUAUUUGUCCACUGCUUCCACCUUGUUUCACAUGAUAAAUCCAGGUAGACAGGAAGAAAACUGUUUUGUUGCCAUCCCAUUUUCCACAGAUCUGGAGGGGACUGAAGCAGGGCUAACCUUGCCUGCUGCAUCUCCCACUCACCCCUUGCUGCAGAGCUCUUGCUGACCUGGGCUGAGAGUGAUCUCCCUGGUACUGCCUGUGCUUUCAGCUAAUGAAGACAAGAGGAGCACACCUGGAUUCUAAUUCCUGCUGCACAGUGAUGCAGGUGCAAGUGAACACACAGACAGAAGAGAGCUCUUGUAGGAAGACAAUGUAUUUAUAAAACACAAGGGAGAAUCUGUAUGUCCCCCAGCUCCAACAGAAAGGUGGCCCAGGAGUCGUCUUGAAGGCACAGAGCCACUUUAAGGCAGAUACAAGUCAGAUUUUCAACACAAGGCAUCUGUAUCUAAAAAACAAUCAGCUUCAGACAUUUGUAGGCAAUGAGGAAAGAUGUUCAUGCCGGGCAAACAUUAAGACAAUGAUGAAACAAGUAAUAAUUUUCACACGAUACACUUCGCUCAGAUUAAAAGCCAGCCCUUCUUCAUUCCCUUGAUGACCUGCAAAGCAAGCCUGAGCACCAGUCCUGAAUACACAGUCACAUUUAUAGGCAGAGCCCCCUUACUCUGUACCUCACAUUUGGUGGCCCAGACUCCCCAGGCUGGUCACAUCCUACCCUGGAGAAGGUCUCUUUUGCAGCAUUGUCCAUCAUACCCCAGCCACAGAGCUUCCGGAGCAGCUUGCUCCUGGCCUGAAGCAAGGAAAAUCCUCUGCAACUGACUUCCUCCAGCUGGCCAAGCAGGACACAGCCAGGAUGCACAUGAAGGCCAGAAACUCCAGCACAGCUUCCCAAAAAGAUCCUGGUGACAGAAAUGUGACCAACUGUUGAGGGGAGUCAGCUUCCUGGCCAUGUCCUUUCACUGCAUAGCUGCGGGAUCUGCUCCUGCUGUGCUUCCUGCUCUCUCCCUCUCUGUGACUCUGUCUGGGAAGAAAAACUGCAGCUUGCUUUGGAAGAGGGGCAGCAGCCUCAGAGUGAAGCCCAGCACUGCUCCUGCAAGGUUUGCUGCUGGCCAGCAAACUGGGGAGUGUGGAGCCCCUUCUCUCCCUACACCCUGUAGUGAGGUCUCUGAGCAUGUGGACUGGAAGACAGUUUUUAUUCCCAUGGGCUCUUCAAGCUCCUCCAUGGAGGCUGCCAGCUAGUGCCAAUUAGUAUUAAUCACAUUUACUACUUGCUUGGAUAGCAACUGAGUAUUCCCACCGGAAGGGAAGAACAUUUGAGAUGGAAGCUUUGACAGUGGGCAAACUGGCCAUUGGGAAACUGGACUGAAAACCAGGAACUCCUUACAUCUCCAUCAAGGAGUCCUCAUGAGGUAGUUCUGCUUACCACUGGCCUGGGUUACAAGGUGUGAAGUAGAGUCACAGCUGAAAAAUGGGGGCAAAAUCCUCACAUUCUCCUGGCAGUGCUGCACUGAGGGGUGCACCCUACUGUCCAGUCCACUCUUCCUGACUGUCCUCUGUGGUGGGGAAGACUCAUGGCAUUUAUGCCAAGUGAGUUACCUCUAAUUCUUACCAGUGUCCACAGAUGGAUGCCAGCUGCUAACUUUAGGUGCUGCAGACCACAUCCACAGCCAGAUGUGAAAGCACAAGGUACAAAUAACUCCUCCUUCCCGUGCCUGAUUUCCAGGCUGCCACCAAAUGCAGUAGUUCUCCAUGUGCAGACCAGGCACCGUGGUGUUCCCAGCGUGAUGGGCCCAGACAGCUGCUGCUGCUGACGCCCGGCCGUGUCCGGGCACUCGCCCUCCCGACAGCCUCUCCCCAUUCCACAGGCAUUGCGCGACACAGCCAGCCUGGACAGGCUGUGCAGGCACAGUCCUGGAGCCUGGAAAGCAGCUCACCUACACACUCGUGGAGCUGUGCCUGUGUCUGAGGGAAGCACAGGCUCUGGCUUGCACUGAGAGCAUGACUGACACUGCACAUUCCAGGGAGAAGCAGAGCUUAUUGCAACAUUGCAUCGCAGGACUCUGGUCUCCCAAACUCCUAUAACACUUCAAACAAAAA